UGUAAAUCCCCUCUUAAUCAUAAACACAUCACAAAAAGUACGUUGUAGUCAUAACAUUCUAAAAUUCCAUUCCUUUUUAUCGAAAAUAAGAUAACUACAACGUCUAAAACGUUAUUGAUUUUAUAAUCCCACUUGUUGCCAACGAUUCAUGUCCUAUUGAUGUUUAAAACGAAUCAACAGGCGAAUUUAACAACGAGAAAUAGACGAGAUAGUAAAGAAAUUAAAAAAUCACUUCUUUUCGGGAACCAAAUGGAAGCUCGAAAUGAACAUCAAACAACAAAGCGUUUCAACACCUUAUUUUAUACAACGACCAUUUUGGGAGUAACAAUUUUCGUUGUCAUGUUAAUUUGGGUUUUUGCUUUUCGAGGGGGGUUAAGCGGAAGAUCUCACCCAGAUUUAGAGUUUAAUUGGCAUCCUCUCCUAAUGUUUUUCGGAAUGAUUUUAUUGUAUUCGCAAGAUUAUUAUUUUUCAGCGAUUUUAUUGUAUCGUAGUCGGAGAUAUGAUACUAAAAGGAGAUUGAAGCUGGCUCACGCUGGGGUUCACUUCUCCAUAAUUUUUUUAACCAUAUUUGGUUUAAUUACAGCUUUUGAUUCGCAUAAUUUAGCCGUUGAUAAACCAAAUUUAUAUACGAUGCAUUCUUGGUUGGGAUUAACCACUGUAAUCGCUUUUUGUCUUCAGUAUGUAGUUGGAUUUGCUUGCUUUUUAUUUCCGGGUUUUACUAAAGAUCUCCGUGCAACUUUAUUACCGGCUCACGUUAACAUUGGUACUGCAAUUUUCAUUUUAGCUUCGUUUACCGCUCUUAUGGGGUUCUGCGAAAAAGCAAUUUUCAGUUUAAGUGACAAAUACAAACGAUUUCCCCCCGAAGGUUACCUUGUAAACACUUUGGCUAUGUUGACUGCCCUCUUUUCCGUUUUAACUUUAUAUUUGGUGAAUGAGCGUGAGUAUAAACGAGAGAAUGUCCCUGAAGAUGAAAUCGCUUUGACGAGAAAUGAAUAAACGGAGGUCUUCGAGACAUAUUUAUGUAUUUGUGGUGCUUUAUUAUACAGAUCUGUACUUUUUGUUAUGAGUUAGACUUAAUUUGUGUUAUUAUCCGAAUUGAUUUGAAAUGAUACUUUUUUAAUGGAAGUUUACAUAACCUCAACUUACUUUAUGGGUGCUAUCUACAAAGAAAUAUAUCGUUAAAGUUUAUCUAUGUGAUUAAUAUAAAUCAAAAUAAGAAUAUAUCAAAUAUAUUAUGUAAAAGCAUUGAA